AUGUUUAAUACCUCUAAAAAGGGCGGGUCUAGUUACUUUACUCAAACAUCGGUACGCGAUUGGGAUCCACUAGACUAUCAUACUUUUUGGAAAAGUACAUCAGUUAAACUAGAUAAAGCAACGGUAACAAGAGCUUUUAAUGAACAAGUCGAAUGGUUAAUAGAAAACGGGGUCGAAAGCGAACAGGAGAAGGCGAAAUAUCUAAAGAAACAAUUUCAAGUAAGAGAUAAUGGCUGUAGGGACCCCGUGGGACACCGUGGGACCCGUGGGACUAUGUCUCCUACACGAUACUCCUGCACGAUAAGAAACGACAAUGUAGCUAAUACCUAUUCCAAAGACACCAGUUCGGAGAAGGUUAAAGAAGAAUCUCAAAAGAAUGGAAACUUAGCCUGUAAAGAUAAUUUGAAAAGAAAAAGAGAUGAUGAUGAGUCGGACUAUGAAGGAUUGUCGUUAUUAUUUGAUGAAUCAAACGAGGAUGUCCUUGUGGAAAGUAUUGAUGAAAAAGUACUUGAGAAAGAGAAUAUGUUGCCACAAGCAAUUAGUAAUAGUGUCUCAAAGUUGGGAAUAUAUAUUCGUCAGGCUCAUUAUAUUAAUCCUAAAUUGGGUCAACCAAAGAAUAUGGAUGCGGGUAUUAUUGAAGCCUUUCACAAAUAUCAGAAGACAUUACCAAAGACCCGUAAGAUUUUUACUCCUGCGUACUGGGGGGUUCUGGAUUUAACUGGAGAAAGCUUAUACGAUUGUAAACAGCUCACAGAAGAGGAUAUAACGCAAAUAUCACAAGACUUUGCCAACAAAAUUUCCUGGAAAACAGUACCUCCAGAAGAGAAUAUACAAGAAUAUUUUGAUAGUAAUUGUGAGAAAAAGUUUGACGGAGGUUUGGGUCCACUUGGAAUACCCACUGCCUGUCGUAAAAAGCGUUAUCUCGAUAAGGUAAAACUAAUGACAACAAUGCGCGAUGGCAUUAACAAACUGCUAAAAGAAUGUAAAUAUAUACCGCUCGAGAAACGUCUAGAACUGAACUUCUAUGCCAUGGACUGGUCAGGCGCCGACGAGGAUGAAUUUGGGAUGCUAGAGGACGCGUACUGCAUUCUCAAAUUGCUUGAAAAAAAAUCACUCGAGGUUGAGAAAUUAGUCAAACAAUUAUUUUUAGAAAACACGAAAGGGAAACGAAGGCAAAUUGCAUCCGAAACUGAAGCGGAGUUAAAUGAAAACCGCUCCCCUGAAAGAUGA